AUGAAAAGAGGAGACAGCCAGUCGCCUGAUGCCAUUUUUGGUCAAUCACGUGCAUUUGCACUUUCUGAUUCUUCAGUGAAUCCUGAUGUCAUUGAAUACCUUAAAAGUGUUAGACAAGAAGCACUAAGAACCAACGCCAUAUCGGUUAAGAAUCAAAUGAAUUUGCAAAAGAGGGCACGCCACAAAUCAAGCAUGUAUGAUGAUGAGGAUGAAGGGGCCAUUAAAAGGCACGUCAUUUCGCCAUCCUUGAUCAGGCUUCAAAAAAAUGCAGACAUAUGGGUAAGCUGGUUCAACUCUGUGAAGGCGACGGUGCUGACUAAUGCCUACGAAUUUACCGGUUAUGACGACGAAACGUUGAAUCUUUUAUUGCUUUUCUUAAAGAAUUAUCUGAAAGAUAUGCCCAGCAAAAGUACUACGGUUGAAGAAAUUAUAAACGUCCUAAAUCAAUAUUCUUUUCCUGACAAAACAGAACAGAAGGAAGAAAACUUCGAGAUUGAUGAAGAAUGGGCGAAGAAUAUCCUGGUACGGCUAGAAAAAAUCAAGAUUGGUAGUGUUGAGGAUGUAAAAAAGGCAAUCAUUGAAGGAGACAAACAUGAGCUAAUUGGGUACAACCAGUGGUUCCAAUACAUCAUAAACAAUGAGCCACAGCAUACUACAUUUCAUGGGAAGAUUACAUCUAAGCAACUUUGGGUUCUGGUCAGGUAUAUGUCGAAUACAUGGAUAAAAGAAAUCUACAAGAAAGGAAGACAUUAUCGUCGCCUGCAAGAUUGGCUAUUCUAUAUAUUGGUACAUACACCUGAAAGGCUCACUGCAGAAUAUACCAGCAUCUUGAGAGAUCUUGGAAAGAAAUGCCUUGAACUGAUUCAAAAGAAGCCAAUUGAGGCCCAUGAGAAUAAAAUAACACUCCCGAAGGAGAUGACAGAAUUGAAUGUUGAGAUACCCUCCACAGUAGAGAAUAUGACGAUAACUGAGCUGACCGUUUCAGUCGUAGCGGUUAACUAUGGCCAAAGAGACUUGAUAGAAUAA